AUGGUUGACUUCUUUAAUGUCUGGGAUAUCGUGAUAGGCGUACUGAGCCUCAGCGCCCCCUUCAUUGUGGCGUACAUCUACCACCAACUCCCAUCGAAGAAGACUGAGGCCAACAUCUCUGACUUCAAGGCGCAACUGUCUCUGUUGCACGCGCGAACCAUUGAGGUGCAGCUGAAAGUCACCAGCACGCCAUCCUGCUCCGAAGACAUCGCCAAUAUGUUCAAAGGUCUCACUCGCCAGAUCAACUCCGUGUGCAUAGACGUGAAGAUAGUUAGCGUAGCCAUAUCUACGACCAGUCUUGAUGAACGUCAACGGCUGGAACGAAUGGCGGAAAACAUCGGGGCUGAAACCGUCCAUGACUGCCCUACAUCGGAGCCACCAGGCCGUACGCCCUCUUGCGAUACGACUGCAGGGGACCGGCCUGAUGUGGCGUCGGACUCGGCUAGUGUGGCGCCAGACACGCCCCCCUCCGCUUCUUCCUCGUCCAGCGCAUACGGCUCGGAGGAAACCUCAGAAUCGCCUUGCUCAGUCUCGCGUCAGCUGUACGUCGGCUUGCAGGUACACACGGGGUUUUUGCAGCCGGCCUCAUCUCCCUCCUUGCCGGCGUGUGCCACGCCUCCCCCUACACCGCCACAUCGCGACGGCACUCAAGACUCCUGCAGCAGCGAGUCAUCCACCGAUGCCUCAAGCAUUCUGCCUACCCCGCGCCGGAAGCGCAGCAUUCCCACCCACCGCACCCGCGCUUGGGCUCAUUUCGUGCGUCAACCCCGCGGCAGACGGUCGCUGCAGUCGCAAAAAUCCGACACCACCAAGCUGCUUGGCAGAUCGUCUACCGUCGAGCUCGUUGAUGAACCAGAGGAAGGCGGCCAGUGGGAAGACGACCCCGAUCAUCCGCUGGAAGUCUAUCACGCCUAG